AGCAGUCGUCCUCGCCGGCUUCUGGCCCCUCCGUCGCCACUUCUGCGAGUGCCGCGGCACCGAACACAUCUCGCAGUGCGCUUCUACAGCCAUCGAAGCGGGCAGUCCUCAGCACGCUACACGUGCAGGUCGGACGCAUGUAAACUGCCAGUUAAAGCUCCUACAUUCUCCUUUCCACCUAUCGAUAUAUUUCUUUGCCUGCGGCGGAGCUCUCUGCUUGAAAAGAAGUGACCUGUGUAACGUAAGGGAAGCGAAUAUUUACUGUCGAUAAGAGAAUCUCUUGAAUGACUUGCAACAGGUUACUGACCUCACCCACUCUGUGCGCUUCCUCGCUGGCCUUAAAUCGUACCCCGAGGGCUCGCUGCAAUGAGUCUCAGCAAACAGCUGCUAAACCGAGACGCUCUACACAAAUCCGGAAGUAAGCAAGCGUAAUUCGGGCUGUGGAUUGUGUAUUAUCUCAAGCCGCACAGUUUACUUAUUGCUCUGGCAUUGCCGUGGAUUACGCACAAUGACUACGAGCUUCCUAAGACGCUGCUCAGCUAAAUAGCGACGGGAUCUGCAUCUGCUUUCUUUUAACAGCAUAGGCGUGCGUGAGUCGGCACGAAUUGCUUCUGCUCGUGCUUCUGGUAAAUACGGCGCCUUCGGAGGGAAGCGGGCAUAUUUCGCGCUACCGCAUUUGGACAAACUAGAAACGAAAUUCGAGAUAACUUCUUCGAGUGUGGACGAGGAGUCUCAUAAAUUGUGACAAUAUGGAUUCAGGCAGCGAAGGAGUAGUUAUGAGUGUGAUUAAAAGUGGUGAUGUUACGCACGAAGACUCUCUCGGUAAUUACCUGCAUUCGAAGACAACCGUAAAUUCCACGUCACCGGUUCAGAUUUGCAAAGAAACGUUUUCUGAAAGUGUAUGUACGGACGAAAUCGAUCGCUAUGGUAAAAUGGACAACACAGCGAGGGAGGAAUGCGUGACAAAUUCACACGCUUCCGGAUCCGAGAAACUCAACGAACUGGAAUGCCGUCCCGCAACGGAGACCGCGGUUCGCUCGCCCGCUGACGCUCCUGCGACAGAUCGGGAACUGAGUACAGCGAUCGACCAGUGCAGAUCGAUUGCGAACGGCGCUGUGGAAAACAGUCCUUCCACGGACAUCGGUCGCGGUACCGAGAGUGAAAGCAGUGAGACGGGAUCGGCGGACGCGACAAACGGUGUCAGGGAGACAACACCAGUGGACGGUGGAGCUGCUUUGCAAAGUAGCGAGGAAGUGCCUCGCCGCUGCUUCGGAGGGCAGGUCGCGUCGGUGCGUCCCAGUAGUGAAGCGCCUCCCCAGCAACACGGCGGCGGUCUCCCUAUGCCCGAAGGAAACGCUGAGCCCGUGGCAGUCGCUGCUGGUCAAAACACAAUGUCUACUGAAAGCUGCGCUUCCAGCGAGCGAUGUCGACCAGAAGAGGGGUCGGGUGACAAGACUGGAGACACCAACAGUAAUGACAGCGCCUCUACGGUUGUUCCAAAGAGCAACGGUGGCUUCGACAACCCGGCUUUCGUCGGCGACGGCGACAGACCGCCUGCGAAAGAGAAGAGCCUCGACGCCAAAGUGGACAGCGACACGGAACGCGGCGGGGACUCUUCGGACGCGGCUCGUGAGAGGCGCCGUAUCGUGGUGAACGUGCUGGUGCUGAGCUUCGCCUUCCUGGUCCACUUCACGGCCUACUUCGGCGCGGCCAACCUGCAGAGCUCGGUGAACGCGUCUGAGGGACUGGGCACCGAGUCUCUGGUGGUCGUGUACGCCGCCCUCAUAGUCUCCAGCUUCUUCUUGCCCGCCACCGUCAUCAGGCGGCUGGGCUGCAAGUGGACGCUGGUUGCGAGCAUGGCGGUCUAUACGCCGUACCUGGCGGCGCAGUUCUGGGCGACGCGAGGCUCCCUGUUGCCGGCGGCGGCCCUGGUGGGGCUGGGCGGCGGCCCGCUCUGGUGCGCCAAGUGCUCCUACCUCACCGCCGCCGCCCGCCGCUUCGCCAGCCUCGCCGGACAGCGCGACGACGACGUCCAGGUGGGCUUCUUCGGCGUCUUCUUCACCAUCUUCCCCGUCGCCAACGUCCUGGGCAACGCCAUCUCCUCCCUCGUGCUGACGGCGGGCGCCGACGCGGAGGUGGCGGCCGGCGUGUCGUGCGGCGCUUCCUUCUGCCCCAGCGAGCCGGACGCGGACGCGAACCCCAACCUGCAGCGGCCGCCGCUGUCGCAGCUCUACACGCUCAACGGCGUCUUCCUGGGCUGCAUGGUCGCCGCCGCCACAGCCGUCGCCGUCUUCCUCGCCCCUCUGGAUAGCGCUCCGGACGAGGAGGAGGCGUCGGGGCUGCGACUGGUGACUGCAUCGGCGCGCCUGCUGCGCGACCCGCUCCAUUGCCUCGUCACGCCCAUCGCCGUCUUCUUCGGAGUCACGCAGGGCUUCCUCGGCGCCGACUUCACGCAGGUACUGCCGCAACACCCAAACCCCCUACUAGAGUCUCGUACUAAAUAA